AAGUAAGUAAUAAUUAGAUAAUAGAACAAUACACGACUAGUGUCUCAGUGAGAGCAUCGGCGGCAUGAUCCUGCAGCGCCUACUGUUGGCCGGCCGAGGCGGCCUGGCCUGUCCCGGCCUGCGGCUGCAGGCAGCUUCUCGCCGGCACCGCAGCGCCAAGCCGCGCACUGCCGAGUACCGGCCCAUCAAGAGCUUGCUCGUCGCCAACCGAGGGGAGAUUGCUAUCCGCGUUUUCCGUGCGUGCACCGAGCUCGGCAUCCGGUCCGUUGCUGUGUAUAGUCAACAGGACAAGAUGCACAUGCACAGACAGAAAGCGGACGCGUCUUUCCUCAUCGGGGAAGGCUUGCCCCCCGUGCAGGCUUACCUCGACAUCGACGAGAUCAUCAGGGUGGCUAAGGAAAACCACGUGGAUGCCAUCCACCCUGGCUACGGCUUCUUGUCGGAGCGCUCAGACUUCGCCGAGGCUUGCAUUAAGAACGACAUUCGCUUCGUGGGCCCCUCGCCCGAAGUCGUCAGGCGCAUGGGCGACAAAGUGGCCGCCAGACAAGCCGCCAUCUCCGCAGGCGUCAAAGUGGUGCCGGGCACUGACCGUCCCGUCACGAACGCUGACGACGCCCACGCCUUCUGCGUCAAGUACGGCCUCCCGGUGAUGCUGAAGGCCGCGUUCGGAGGAGGCGGUCGGGGCAUGAGGGUCGUCAGGAACCUUGAUGAAGUAAAGGAGAACUUCACACGUGCGUCAUCAGAAGCGAAGGCCGCGUUCGGUGACGGGUCGAUGUUCAUCGAGAAGUUCAUCGAGAACCCGCGCCACAUCGAGCUGCAGAUCCUCGGCGACCACGCGGGCAACGUCGUGCAUCUGUACGAGCGCGACUGCUCCGUGCAGCGCCGCCAUCAGAAGCUCGUCGAGGUCGCCCCUGCUCCCAACCUCGACCCUAAGGUUCGUGCGGCGAUGGCGGCUGACGCAGUGAAGCUCGCAGCUCACGUGGGCUACGCUAACGCCGGCACCGUGGAGUUCCUACUCGACAGCGACGGCCAUUAUUACUUCAUUGAAGUCAACGCCCGCCUGCAGGUCGAGCACACCGUCACCGAGGAAAUUACGGGUAUCGAUCUGGUGCAGUCACAAAUCCACAUAGCGGAGGGCAUGACCCUGCCUGAGCUGGGGAUGACCCAGGACAAAAUCCACGCCCAGGGCUGCGCCAUCCAGUGCCGCGUCACCACCGAAGACCCCGCCAAGAAUUUCCAGCCCGACACCGGCCGUCUCGAGGUGUUCCGCAGCGGUGAGGGCAUGGGCAUCAGGCUGGACGGCGCCUCGGCGUUCGCAGGCGCCAUCAUCUCGCCAUACUACGACUCGCUGCUCGUCAAAGUCAUCUCCAGGGCGCCCGACCUCGCCGCCUCCGCCGCUAAAAUGAACAGAAGUCUACGGGAGUUCCGCAUCCGCGGUGUCAAGACGAACAUUCCCUUCCUGCUGAACGUGUUGGAGAAUCAGAAGUUCCUGAACGGAACCAUCGACACGACCUUCAUCGACGAGCAUCCCCAGCUCUUCCAGUUCAAACCCACCAAGAACAGAGCGCAGAAACUGCUGAACUACCUGGGACACGUGCUGGUGAACGGCUCCCUCACGCCCCUGGCCACCGACCUCAAGCCUUCGGAUGCCAAGCCGUCCGUCCCUGCCACCCCCAUCGCGACAGAUCCACCCGAGGGUCUGAGGACCGUGCUGAAGCGCGAGGGUCCUGAGGGCUUCGCGCGCGCCGUGCGGCAGACCAAGAAGCUGCUGCUCAUGGACACCACCUUCAGGGACGCCCACCAGAGCCUCCUCGCCACCAGGGUCCGCACGCACGACCUCCUCAAGAUAUCGCCGUUCGUGUCUCACCGCUUCAGCUCGCUGUUCGCGCUGGAGAACUGGGGCGGCGCGACGUUCGACGUGGCGCUGCGCUUCCUACACGAGUGUCCCUGGGAGCGACUUGAGGACAUGAGGAGAGCCAUCCCCAACAUCCCCUUCCAGAUGCUCUUGCGUGGCGCUAACGGCGUCGGUUAUACCAGCUACCCUGACAACUCUGUUCACAAAUUUUGCGAGCUCUCAGUGCAGGCAGGCAUGGACAUCUUCAGGGUGUUCGAUUCUCUGAACUAUCUGCCCAACCUCAUUCUUGGCAUGGAUGCUGCUGGCAACGCUGGCGGGGUGGUGGAGGCGGCCAUCAGCUACUCGGGCGACGUGUCGGACCCCAGCAGGAAGAAGUACACAUUACAGUACUACCUCGACCUGGCCGAGCAGCUCGUCAAGGCUGGAGCUCAUGUGCUCUGUAUCAAGGACAUGGCAGGUUUGCUGAAGCCACGAGCUGCCCAGAUCCUGAUCGGCGCACUGCGUGAGCGCUACCCCCAGAUGCCCAUACACGUGCACACUCACGACACUUCAGGGGCAGGUGUCGCGUCUAUGCUGGAGUGCGCGCGGUCAGGCGCCGAUGCUGUGGACGUGGCAGUGGACAGCAUGUCAGGCAUGACCUCCCAGCCUUCCAUGGGUGCCCUGGUGGCCUGUCUGAUGGGUGACCCUUUGGACACGGGGCUGCAGCUGAGCGACAUCAGCCAAUACAGCGCGUACUGGGAACAGACGCGCACACUCUACGCGCCCUUUGAGUGCUGCGUCACCAUGAAGAGCGGCAACGCUGACGUCUACCAGAAUGAGAUCCCUGGCGGACAGUACACCAAUCUACAAUUCCAGGCUUAUUCCCUUGGCCUCGGCGAUCAGUUCGAAGAGAUCAAAGCUGCCUACAAGGAAGCCAACCAACUCAUGGGCGACCUUAUCAAGGUGACGCCCUCGUCGAAGGUUGUAGGCGACUUCGCGCAGUUUAUGGUGCAGAACAAGCUUAGCGCUGAGGAGGUGCUGGAGCGCGCUGAGGAGCUCAGCUUCCCCAAGUCUGUGGUGGAGUUCAUGCAGGGCUACAUCGGGGAGCCAUACCAGGGCUUCCCUGAACCUCUUCGCUCCAAGAUCCUGAAAGGUCUGCCGACCGUCACGGGACGUCCUGGCGAAACUUUGCCUCCGUUCGAUUUCACCGCCGCUAAAGAAUCCUUACAAGAAAGACUCAAGAUCCCUGUGUCGGACUACGACGUCUCGAGCUACUCCAUGUACCCCCAGGUGACGGAAGAAUUCCUGCAGUUCCGCGAAAAGUAUGGCCCUGUUGACAAGCUAGACACUCGCAUAUUCUUGACUGGACCAAAAGUUGGCGAAGAGUUUGAAGUGGUGAUCGAAAAAGGCAAAACUUUGCAUAUCAAAACCCUGGCAAUGGCUGAGGAUCUCACAGCGAGCGGUGAACGCGAAGUCUUUUUCGAGUUGAACGGGCAACUGCGGUCCGUCUUCAUUAAAGACCAGGAGGCGGCCAAGGAGAUCCACGUGCACCCGAAGAUAAACCCUGGCGCGGUGGGUGAGCUGGGCGCCCCCAUGCCUGGCACGGUGAUGGAGGUGCGGGUGAAGGCGGGGGAUGAGGUGGUCAAGGGACAACCGCUGCUCGUGCUCAGCGCCAUGAAGAUGGAGACGGUGGUGCAGGCCCCCGCCAACGCCAUCAUCUCCAAGGUGCUCGUCGCCAAGGACAUGAAGCUUGAGGGCGAUGACCUAUUGCUCGUUUAUGAACCGAAAUAAGAGUUGGUUGUCUCUUGUAUGCUCUACAAAAUGUAUUUAGCGUUAUCGUUUAUCAUAGCUUACGUAAAUGCCUCUGAGUAUAGAAGCCCAAGUUGUAAUAGUAUAUGAAAAGUCUAACUGAUACUGCCUAAAAUAGAGUUUUUAACCUGCGAGUAUUUUUUUCGGAGAUAAAGUAGUAAGUUGCACUGCUAGUGUUUGUGCAAGUAGCGUAGGAAAAACUUAAUAGUAUGGCCGAUAUGAUCGUACGUCUUAGUGUAAUAAGGCUGUCGACAGUUAAAUGUAUAUGCUGACGCCUGUGUAUGACAAGUAUGGCUGGUGCCAUAACGCCAUUGCGCACGAGCUGGUGUUAAGAGUUAGAGGUGGUGCCGCCUUUGGUGUUAGAGUUGGAGGUGGUGCCGUAUAUAAGUGGCUCAGAUAAAUAGAUGAGCAACUGUCAUGCUUCCAGCCACUCCAGCCUUUACUAGCUCAUAGGAAUGUAAGAGUAAGUAAACCGAGGAUACACAUUCCAGGAUAAGUUGGAUUCAAACACCGAAUUUGUUAUUAAAAUAAUAUUGACAUUUUUUACAAUUGGUUCCGUCUGACAGUCCAGGUUUACCACAGAACGACCCAAGCUAUUAACAUUUGGACAUAUCUAUUCAAAAUUUGCGUUAUUUUCACUCAAUGUCUUCCAUUUUUGGGAGGCUUUGUACUACUUUCUAUUUAGCUUCAGACUACUCCACAUUUGUACUCAUGACAGCCACCUUUCGUCAAUCCAAAGCCUAGGCAUUGCUUGCGCUGGUUGCCAUGAAAGUUUGUCCCCUCCAUUGGUGCUGUUGCGCAUUAUUGUAUUAUUUAAGAACAUGGUUGUGCUUGCGCUCAAUAUUUUUUAACACUGAAAGUUCUACAUAUUGAGCUGUAUUAAUAUAAUGAAAACGAUUAUGUCUGUGCUUUUACUAGAACUGAAUCAUUUUGCGUUUUCUCCUUUCAUUUUAUUUUGCCUUGCUAACAUAUUUUUUUCAAUGAAGGAACGAGCAUAAGGUCGAUAUAUUAUAAAUUUUAUGAAUCAAUGCUGCAAUACAAAUUGUUGAAGAAUUAUUUCUUUGUAUGAACAAUUUCCCUCACAUUGGUCAGUUCUGCACACUGAAAUAAUUAUUUCUUGAAACCUGCGUUGUGCAGAAAUGGCGCAGUUGGUCGCCAUUGAUUGACAUGUCAUGUGUUCUAUGCUAUCUUUCUUGGUAGUCACCGUAGGUUCAGUGAUAUCUUCUUCAGUACAUAUUUCAUUUUAUCUUCUGUAGCAUUACUGGCGAUUACAUCAAUGUCAAAAACCUUGGAGUACUGUAACCUAAUUUCAAAAUACCGUACCAGUUUAAACAAUAACGUAUGUAAGAUUUUGAUUGUUAUUAAAUCUGUGAGAUAUUACACCUGUAUGGUGAGACUGGAAAGAGUUUCUGCCGCUUAAUCGGGCCCUGCCACGCUGUGUUAAUGCAGAGUUCUUCAAAUUGAGCUUAGGAAAGCUAGAGCAUUGUAGUUGUCCAGAUUAUUCCUUCAAAGUUUAUUAAUAGUUAGUUGCUAUAAAUUUCUUGUAUGUAAUCAACUGAUCUUCCAUCCUUAAGCAUAAGCCAUGUCUAUAUUAGUACACGUUAUUGUAAUGUUAAUCGCUCGGAGCUGAUAGAGUGAGCUACUUUUGACGGCCGUUGUGCUGUGAAUAAAUCCGAGCUUUGUAUGGGGUGUCUGCUCUUUCUUCAAUAAAUUUUAUGUUACAGUUGAAGUCUAAGCAUAAUAAUGACUUAUUUCCACAA